CUGACCCAUGUGCCGACCAUUGUGCAGCUGCUCGGCGUCGUUGACGUGGCUUCGUCACGGCCACAACUCGUGCUCGAGUACAUGGACGGCGGCGCGCUGCGGACGUACCUCGACAGCCGUCGGCGGUUCCGAACGCGCGUCGAGCUCGACACACUCACGAUCGCGCAUGCGAUUGCUUCGGCGCUCGCGGCGCUGCACGCCCAAGGCCUUGUGCACCGGUUUGUGAGCUCGCUCAGCGUGCUCUGGAGCUCGACGCGCAUCGCCAAGCUCGGCAACUUUGUCUUGGCCAAAUCCACAUCGCCCGAUGUUGUGCUCACGCAGGGUGUCGGCGCCAUGUUUUGGAUGGCGCCCGAGGUCAUUCGCGGCGACUAUUACGAUACCUCGGCCGACAUGUACUCGUUUGGCGUGCUUUUGACCGAGCUGGAUACGCUCCUGCCGCCGUACGGCUACCUCCGACAAAACCACUUUGUGACCAUGGACCAAGUGAGCAAAGGACUGCUUCGACCCGAGCUCAGCGCGACGUGUGCGCCGUGGUAUCGGGACCUGGCACUAAACUGCAUGGCGCAAGACCCGUCUCUGCGUCCAACCGCUGCACACGUGUGUGCACUCCUCGAGCCGAAAUUGUCGACACCAACGCGGCUCAAGUCGGGCCAAGUGCGCUCGGCCUUGAAGCCACUCGCGAGCUUCUCGCUUCCCACCAUGUUCAAGACGCAGUUGACGUCCAAACGGGCUCGUCGCGACAGCAAAACCACUUGAUGUGCGUGCUUGAAAACGAUGUUUUAUAUGCAUCUCAC